CAGAGCUCAAGAUGCGAUCCCCGUUUAUCUUCGUCUUCGGACUUUCCGCCCUUGUUGCGGCUGCUUACGCCGUAGGAACAGCUCCCGCUACUCCACCGGCGGCCACGCCGCCUACGGGCACACCGCCUGCGGCAACUCCUCCGGGCACUCCUACGGCGACUCCUCCAGCGACUCCUCCGGCGACUUCUCCCUCUUCUUCACCGCCCUCAGCCUCGCCGGCCGCCUCACCUGCUGCAGCUUCCCCCACCGCAACGUCCAGUGAAUCCCCUUCGACCACGUCCCCCGACACCCUCAAAGCGGAGUUGACCAGGCUGACACGCGAUGUUGAGAGACUGGAACGUCAAGAGCGCCGGGAGCGGCGCCGGGAGUGGCGUCAAGAGAGGCGUCAAGAGAGGCGUCAAGAGAGGCGUCAGGAAGGGCGUCGAGGAGGCCGUCGAGGAGGGCGCCAGGGAAGGCGUCGUGGAGGAAGACGCCAACGUCGCGGUUAAGCUCGCCAAAAAGGACUCUUCACAAUUAAAUGUUCAAAAAAAUCAAAUAAAUAAAUAAUGUAUGUGAACGUG